AAAAAAUUAAGUGCCGAAACCACAUGCUGCGCAACUAUUGUAACAAGUUGAAGGAUGUUAAUACCACCAGUUUGCAUAAGGAUCUGUCCAAAGAGGAUAGAGGACUACAUUAUUGAAAAUGCGUAGGAUACUAGGAGGUCGCAUUAUGAGGCUGCGGACUGCAGUCAAAAAAGCUAUCCAACAUAGAAAAGUUGAAGAAGGAGAAAUAAAUGGAAAGGCUGAAAGACUAAGGCUAGACAUAGUGAACGGACCCAGUCAUGUCUUUGGUGAGCGUCUUGACUGCAAAAGUCGAGGAUAUUUUUGCAACGGUUCAAAAGAAAAUGAAACUUACAAUAUUCCAGAGAUGAAAGCAAGUGGAGUGUUAUAUAAAAUCAUGGAAGCUGUCAAUGUUCUAGCUGAUCAUAGCAGCCACCUCAUUUCCAACGUUGAUAGCAACAUGGUCGAACACUACAACGCAGUUGUGGCGAGAUUUAAGGGAGGAAAAAGAAUUAAUUACAUUCAAAAAGGCUCAUACAGGAUGAGAUGCGCUGCUGCUGUGGUCAGCCACAACACCAACCAGCCAUUCUAUAAGCUGCAUAAAACAAUGUACAAAAGCAGCCCUGGCCUUUACGCCAAACAAUUUGAGGUCAGACAUAUGGCAAGUUUAGCGAAAAGGGCAGAAAGGAAUAGAUUAAAGCCCCGAAUCAGACGUUGUUUGAAUUUCACGUCCAAAGUGGGUGACAGCAAUUACGGACCUAUGGCGAAAAAGCCCGAUAUGGAGGAUGAUGUGUACCAGAGCAAACUACAGCAACACAUACAGACUCUUCAGAAGACGAUGCAAGAAAUUCAACAAAUUGAACAAAAUACAAGAGGUCAAAGCAACAGCCAGGAAUGGUUCGAAGAGAGAAGGACCCGACUAACGGCAUCCAACUUUGGGCUGGUGUGCAACCGGAAGCCAGACUCCAACUGUGUUCCAGUGGUGAAGAAGCUUCUGUAUACAUCUCUGAUCUCUCAACUCGCAUUCCAUAAACUAUGGAAGAGCAAAUGAGGGAGAUGCUAUAAGCCAACUUGAGCCAUUACUUGGAGUCACAGUCCAGCCUUGCGGUUUUUUUAUUGACGAGCAAAUGCCAUUCUUGGGAGCAUCUUCUGACGGCCUCAUUGGGAAUAAUGGCAUUGUGGAGGUGAAGUGUCCAUCAAGUGGGGAAGAUAUCACACCCGAUGAAGUUAUUGAAAAUAAGAUUGGCUUGGUUGUAAAAAGUUCAAAAAGAGCAAAAGCAAUGAAAGUUACCAAAUUAAAUGAAGUCACUGUUAUUUUUAUCAAAUACAAGGGCAGCUACAUAUAACGAAAAAAGUACUGUAUUCUUGUCAUUUGGACUCCAAAAAACCUCAAAACUUUUGAGAUUGAACGGGAUGAUGAGUUUUGGGAAGAAAACAUGAAAGAAAAACUAGAAACAUUUUACAUGAAAUGUUUACUUCCCGAACUCAUCGAUCCAAGACAGCAUAGAAGUUUGCCAAUUUGUGAACCGGAGUACAUUUUGCUGGCUCAAGCAAAAAAACAAAAAUGAGGGAUUACAAUCUGGUGUUGCACUUUCCUCGCCAUGAUCCUUGUCGCUCAGUUAUAAAUGCUAUUUAUUGUAUAUUCUUAAAAUUAUUGUUCUUUUUUUUAAAUUUUAUAAGUUUUGGAAUUUUGAAUUCUUCAUAUGUUUUAUUUUUACUUUUUUCAUAAAAAUAUUUGAAAUCUUUGUAUUUUUCAUUUUUGAAUUAGGUGUUAUUUUUAAUGGAGACAACCCGUUGUCUCCAUU